AUGUCCGGGUACAAACAGAGGGUGAUUUCUCUAACCAAGAGGUCAGGUCAGACAUUUGGCUUCUAUCUGAGGGUGGAGCAUGGCGAGGAGGGUCACUUGAUCCGCUGCCUGGAAAUGGGAGGUCCAGCUGAACUGGCUGGCAUGAAAGAUGGAGAUCGCAUACUCCGGGUCAAUGGAACGUUUGUUGAUGGACUGCCCCAUUCAGAGGUGGUGGACCUGGUGAGAAACAGCGGAGCAUCAGUCACGUUCCACAUCCUGGAUGAAGCCUCUUACAAGCAAGCAAAAGCACAGGGAGUAAAUUUCUCCAACCCUCAAAACACACCAGCUGCCAAUGGUGUGGCCAAACAGGCUCCAAAACCCAAACUCUGCUACCUGGUCAAGUCCAGCUUGGGCUAUGGGUUUUCUCUUCGCUCAGUCAAUGGUGAGCAGGGAUUGUUCAUAACAGAGGUGACCCCAGGAGGCAUGGCUGACGGGGCCGGGGUCAAAGUCAAUGACCGUUUGUUGGAAGUGAACGGGGAGAACAUAGAAGACUGCACACACGAACAAGUAGUGGACAAGAUCAAGCUGGCAGGCAGCAUUAUGUUCCUUUUGGUUGACAAGGAAACAGACAGGUACUAUCAGAAUAAGGCUAUGAAGAUAGGAACAUGGUUUGCUACAACCAAGUAUCUCCCUCACAAGCCACGCAUCAUCAACAUGACCAAAGGACACGAUGGAUAUGGCUUCCUGCUCAGAGAGGAGCCCAAACAAACAGGACACUUCAUCAAGGACAUAGACAGAGGCAGCCCAGCAGAAAAAGCAGGACUAAAGGAAAUGGACAGAUUGGUGGCUGUGGACGGCAAGGAGGUGGACAGCUGCAGCCAUGAGCAGGUGGUGGAUAGGAUCAGGAGGAGUGGCAACAACUGCUGCCUCCUGGUGGUGGACAAAGAUGCAGAUCAAAUCUUUAAGCAGGGGAAAGUGUCUCCUAUGCUUUUCUUGGAGGAGAUGAAAGAUUCCAAGUCACCACCCAGUUACACAGAGGCCAUCAAUUUACCUGCACCUGUCCAACCAGCCAUGCCUGUUCAGGAGAGGGAAGAGGAGCUGAAGCCUAAACUCUGUAAGAUGCUGAAGACCUCAGCUGGAUAUGGCUUUCACCUUAACGGCAUCCAAGGCGUGCAUGGACAGUACAUAAAGGAGGUGGUGAAAGGUGGAGCGGCUGACAGGGCAGGUCUGGAGGACGACGACAUUGUGGUGGAGGUGAACGGGGUGAACGUGGAGGAGAGCAGCCAUGAGGAGGUGGUGGCCAUUAUCCAUAACAGUGGCAGCUCUCUGGAGAUGCUGGUGGCUAAAAGGAGCGUCUAUUACAAGCUCAAAGCUAAAGGAGUGACCAUCACACGCCUGCUGCUUGAGGACAAAUCCUAUGUUCAAGUUCACACUGCAGACACUCCACAGGGGAGCAAGGACAAGAGACAUCAUGUGUACGACAGACCUGAAACUCCAACCGAUCUAGCAAAACAGAGGACCCCGUCUGUGUCAUCAUCUUCCUCUGAAGACAGUAUCGAUGAGAGACUCUGA